AUGGUCCGUCCGAGGCUAAUUCCAUCUGCUGCAGAGCUGCGUGCUCCAGAACGCACCAGCGCACGCGCACAGCGAGCAACAUCUGCGGUAAGCUGCGUGCUCCAGAACGCACCAGCACACGCGCACAGCGAGCACCUGGUCUUCCGUCCUUCGUUCGCGCGCACGGGUCCCGCUGGAGGCGACGUCCGGAUCCUCGCAAUCCGUGCAUGGAUGUCUUUCCCUUCGAUCCUCCUUUUGGACGACGCUCGCCGCCAUUGGACGAAGGCCGGACGCCUUCUGCGGGGUGUAGCCGGCGAGUGUCUGAACCUAGUACCGCGCGCCAAAUGCGAGUCCGAACGGGCGGGUUACAUCGAUGAGAGGUGCAUGUGGGCUCCACCCGCACUGAAGUAUCGUUUCUGGUAUUAG